AUGACUGGUCGCGAGAUGGACCCGCUGCCCGGCGCGGCAGUCGCGGCGGCAUCUGAGGCGGAGGCUGACGAGGAGGCGGAUCCCCCAGCGGCAGACUUGCCAACACCCCAGGUCAUCGAACGUAGGGACCCAGACCCCAAUCGGAUGCAGAUGCCGCAGGGGAACCCAUUGCUGCUGUCCCUCACCCUGCAGGAGCUGCUGGCCAGGGACACUGUGCAGGUGGAGCUCAUCCCGGAGAAGAAGGGCCUCUUCCUGAAGCAUGUGGAAUAUGAGGUUUCCAGCCAGCGCUUCAAGUCCUCUGUGUAUAGACGGUACAAUGACUUUGUGGUCUUCCACGAAGCGCUGCUGCACAAGUUCCCGUAUCGCAUGGUGCCGGCCCUUCCACCCAAGAGAAUGCUGGGAGCUGACAGGGAAUUCAUCGAAGCCAGAAGGAGAGCCCUGAAGCGCUUCAUUAACCUGGUGGCCCGGCACCCCCCGUUCUCUGAGGAUGUCAUCCUCAAGCUGUUCCUCUCGUUUAGUGGUUCAGAUGUGCAGAGCAAGUUAAAGGAAUCGGCUCAGUGUGUUGGAGAUGAAUUCAUGAAUUGUAAACUGGCUACGAGGGCCAAGGACUUCCUCCCAGCUGACAUCCAGACUCAAUUUGCUGUUAGCCGGGAGCUGAUUCGAAAUAUCUACAAUAGCUUUUAUAAGCUUCGCGAUAGAGCUGAGCGGAUUGCGUCGAGGGCCAUCGACAAUGCUGCAGAUCUUCUUAUAUUUGGGAAGGAGUUAAGUGCUUUAGGUUCUGACACAACCCCCCUGCCCUCCUGGGCCACUCUGAACAGCAGCACGUGGGGGUCCCUUAAGCAGGCUCUGAAAGGCCUGUCUGUGGAGUUUGCACUGCUCGCCGACAAGGCUGCACAACAGGGAAAACAGGAAGAGAAUGAUGUGGUGGAGAAAUUGAACCUUUUCUUGGAUUUGCUCCAGUCCUAUAAAGACCUGUGCGAACGGCAUGAGAAGGGCGUGCUGCACAAGCACCAGCGGGCCCUGCACAAGUACAGCCUGAUGAAGAGGCAGAUGAUGAGUGCUGCCGUGCAGAACCGCGAGCCUGAGUCCGUGGAGCAGCUGGAGUCCCGCAUCGUGGAGCAAGAGAAUGCAAUUCAGACGAUGGAGCUUCGUAACUACUUCUCCCUAUACUGCCUGCACCAGGAGACACAGCUCAUCCACGUCUACCUGCCCCUCACCUCCCAUAUCCUUGGGGCCUUCGUGAACUCUCAGAUCCAAGGGCACAAGGAGAUGAGCAAGGUGUGGAAUGAGUUGAAGCCCAAGCUAAGCUGCCUCUUCGCUGGACCACACAGUGUGCUGACCCCGCCUCGGUCCCCGCAGGAGGAUGGCGUGUAUCCUCACUAGUGCAUGAGGCCCGAGGCGAGAGCUCCCUGCGGCCUCACUAAAACUUCUUUCCAAACGAUGUGUCCCUGGUGAAUUCCCUUCAGAUGGCGGCUGCCUCACCUCGUGGUGCUCCCAGGUCAGGGCUGAUGCAGCUCAAGCAGCGGAGCUCACUCCCGGCUGGGGCUGGGUGGGCUGGACUGGAGGGGUGGUCAUCGCUCCUUCCUGCCUCUGUUACUCCCAAGGUGUCUAAGCAGUGGGGUGUCCGUGAAGCGAUGGACUGCACAGGGUCUGCUGUACCACGCUGUUCUCUGCCUGGCCCCCACCCUCUCUCCUUCCCCACAGUCCUGCCCUGUGGCCUGUAGCCUGUAGCCUGGCAGUGAGAAGUGUUAGGAUUUUCUGGAAGGGUUUUCUCCUGUUCCCCAGAGACAGGGGGCAGAGGCAAGGAUCGUUUUCACACAGCAGAUGAUGACUGGGGGAGUAUGGCGGGGGAGCCUGCAGGUGCUGGAACAGUCGGGAAGGAUGGGGGUGUGGGGUGGC